AUGGGUUCAUCAAUCCUUGGCCCCAAAGAAAUUGAGAUGUUUGAAGGGCAAGCUUUAUUGUAUAGACAGUGUUGUGCCUACAUAGAUUCCAUGUGUAUUAAGUGGUGUGUUGAGCUCAACAUAGCAGACAUAAUCCACAACCAUGGUCAACCCAUUACCCUUCAUCACUUGGUCUCAACAUUGCAACUUCCAUCAUCCAGAGUUGGGGCUCUUCAACGCUUCAUGCGUUACCUCGCACAUAAUGGAUUAUUUCACAUAGUAAGAAUCCAUGACGAAAACAAACAAGAGAAGGAAGCAUAUGGUCUCACCAUUGCAUCAAAGCUCCUUGUUAGUAGCAAUGAUUAUUGUUUAUCUCCAAUGGUUAAGUAUGCUACUGAUCCAGUUACAAUGGGUCCACUCAAUCAAUUGAAGGAAUGGAUUUAUAAGGAAGAUAAUCUCUCACUAUUUGGCAUGGCCAAAGGAAUGGAAUUUUGGGAGUUUCUCAACAUAAACCCUAAAUAUCUGAAGUCCUUCAACGAGGCAAUGGCUUGUGACUCUAAAAUGAUAAACUUGGCAUUAAGAAGUUGUGGUUUGGUCUUUGAGGGGCUUGAAUCCAUUGUGGAUGUUGGUGGUGGAAUUGGAACAACUGCUAAGAUUAUUAGUGAGGCAUUUCCUAAGUUGAAAUGCAUAGUAUUUGAUCUUCCCCAGGUUGUGGAAAAUUUGUUAGGAUCCAAUAAUUUGAGCUUUGUUGGUGGUGACAUGUUCAAAUCUAUUCCUAAAGCACAUGCAGUUCUACUCAAGAAUAUUAUACAUGAUUGGGAUGAGGAAAAUUGUGUGAAGAUACUGAGAAAUUGUAAAGAUGCUAUUUCCAGCAAUGGGAAAAGAGGAAAAGUGAUUAUUAUAGAGUCUGUGAUCAAUGAAAAGCAGGACAAGCAUGAAAUCACUGACAUGAAGCUCAAAUUUGAUAUAUACAUGACAUGUAACAAUGGAGCACAGAAAACUGAAGAAGAGUUGAAGAAAAUCUUUAUAGAAGCAGGCUUUCAAGGGUACAAACUAUUCCCUAUAGCUGGAAUUGUGUCACUUGUUGAGGUCUAUCCUUAA